AUGACCGGCGGCGCGAUGGACCCGCUGCCCACCGCGCCCGGAGCUGCAGCUGCUGAGGCAGAGGCGGACGAGGAGGCGGACCCGCCAGCGGCAGACUCGCCAGUGUCCCCGGUCAGCGAGCCCAAGGCCCCAGACGCCGGUCGGAUGCAGGUGCCGCCAGGGAACCCGCUGCUGCUGUCGCUGACGCUGCAGGAGCUGCUGGCCAGGGACGCCGUGCAGGUGGAGCUCGUCCCCGAGAAGAAGGGCCUGUUCCUGAAGCACGUGGAGUAUGAGGUGUCCAGCCAGCGCUUCAAGUCCUGUGUGUACCGCCGCUACAACGACUUCGUGGUCUUCCACGAGACGCUGCUGCACAAGUUCCCGUACCGCAUGGUGCCUGCCCUGCCGCCCAAGAGGAUGCUAGGAGCCGACAGGGAGUUCAUCGAGGCCCGGAGGCGGGCGCUGAAGCGCUUCAUCAACCUGGUGGCCCGGCACCCGCCCUUCUCCGAGGACGCGAUCCUCAAGCUGUUCCUGUCCUUCAGCGGCCCCGAUGUGCAGAACAAGUUGAAGGAAUCUGCUCAGUGCGUGGGAGACGAGUUCAUGAACUGCAGGCUGGCGGCUCGGGCCAAGGACUUCCUCCCGGCCGACAUCCAGACCCAGUUCGCCAUGAGCCGCGAGCUGAUUCGAAACAUCUACAACAGCUUUCACAAGCUCCGUGAUCGGGCUGAGCGCAUGGUGUCGCGGGCCAUCGACAACGCCGCCGACCUUCUCAUAUUCGGGAAGGAGCUGAGUGCCCUGGGGUCUGACACGACCCCGCUCCCCUCCUGGGCCUCGCUGAACAGCAGCACGUGGGGGUCCCUCAAACAGGCGCUGAAAGGCCUGUCCGUGGAGUUCGCGCUGCUGGCUGACAAGGCCGCACAGCAGGGCAAACAGGAGGAGAACGAUGUGGUGGAGAAGCUGAACCUCUUCCUGGACUUGCUGCAGUCCUACAAGGACCUGUGCGAGAGGCACGAGAAGGGCGUGCUGCACAAGCACCAGCGUGCGCUGCACAAGUACAGCCUGAUGAAGAGGCAGAUGAUGAGCGCCGCCGUGCAGAGCCGCGAGCCCGAGUCCGUGGAGCAGCUGGAGUCCCGCAUCGUGGAGCAGGAGAGCGUGAUCCAGACCAUGGAGCUCCGCAACCACUACUCCUUGUACUGCCUGCACCAGGAGACGCAGCUGGUCCACGCGUACCUGCCGCUCACCUCCCACAUCCUCGGCGCCUUCGUCAACUCCCAGGUCCAAGGGCACAAGGAGAUGAGCAAGGUGUGGAACGACCUGCAGCCCAAGCUCCGCUGCCUCUUCGUGGGACCACACGGCGCCCCGGCCCCCCCGAGGCCCCCCCAGGACGGCCCGUCUGCUCACUAGUGCUAGAGGGCUCGGAGGCAGCUCGGUGCGCUCACUAAAGCCUCUUUUCGAA